UGUUAUUCUAGGUGAAACACUUCUGGAAAUCCCCCGCCUUGUUGCUGCUAAGCUCCGCCCCGCCGGGCGGGUACACACAUUUGUACAGACUGCUCCCGACACCGCAGCAGCCACAACACAACUCUGCGCAGCGAGGACUUGUUGAUCGCCAUGGACCUCCAUCGGAUCAGCUUGUUAAACCAAAUGGAUUACAAUCGGGAGUCCAAAGAGGGGAAGGGGGACCCGUCGUCGACCGACGAGCGGCUCGACAGCGGCGUGAAUUCGAUGGAAGAGAAGGACUUCCAGGCAGUGGCGGAGGAGAUCCAACGACUCCAGCUGGAAAACGAACACCAACAGCGGACUCCGUCCGUAAACGAGGAACCGCUUCACGAAUGGCAGACACAGAUCACAGAAGAAGGGGAUACGCUGCUCCACCUAGCCAUCAUCCACGAGGCCAAAGACUACAUCAAAAGAAUGAUCGACUUGUCGAAAAACACACCGUACCUCGACAUACAGAACGACCUGAGACAGACUCCUCUACAUUUAGCGGUAAUAACAAACCAGCCAGACGUUUGUCACAGCCUACUAGUGUCCGGCUGCGACCCCACGCUUGUGGACAACAGCGGGGACARGCCGCUUCACAUCGCCUGCCGCCACGGCAACCUGUACUGCUUCAGCGUCAUCACGCAGCACUGCCGYUCGGAGCACCUGCACACGGCGAUGGCUGCCUGCAACUAUAAUGGUCAGAACUGUCUCCACCUGGCUUCACUUCAUGGUUUCCUCUCCCUGGUAGAGAACAUGGUGGAUCUUGGAGCUGACAUCGAUGCAAAGGAGCAACACAACGGUCGUGGAGCGCUGCAUCUGGCCGUGGARCAACAGAACCUCUCUCUGGUCAAACUUCUGCUGAAAAAAGGAGCAAACCCCAACCUCCUGAGCUCUGGAGGCCACACCCCCUUCCACCUCACCCACGGCUUGAACGACUGCGACAUCCGGAAAGAACUGUACUCCGUGACCCAUCCGGACUUGAGGGAGCUCGUCGACAGCGAGUCGGACCUCAGCGAGGAGGAAGAGGAGGACGACGAGUCGGACAUGGCCUUUUAUAAUGACAUUCAGUGGAACGGACAUUAGCAGGAAAUAACGGAGAUCACAGAAGCUCAGAUGGAGGCAAAACUCGGCGCGUGGAUGAAUUCUGCAAUGUCAUGUUAGGAGAAUGACAGCGGGGGGAGGAUGACGUGGCUCGAGUGUUCCUGAAAGAGGCCGAGCGGGCAGCUCAAAGACAACUCAUAGACUGAGGACUGCAGGACAAUGAAGGACACGUUGUGAUAUUUCUGUGGACACUGAAAGUCAUCAUCGGAACGAGAAACGGGAGGGAAAACGUCCAUCCAGAUGGAUGCACCUGCAACAGCUCUGUAUGAUACUGUAAAUGCUGUGUAUACAAAGAUGUAUUUUUUAAUGGAAGCUGUGACUGUACAGUUUAACAGGAUGUAUAUGUCAAGACAGCAAACAGUUUACGGCACACUCCAGUUAAAUUAAAACACUCAUAUUUAACAGUUGAAA